UAAUAUUUUUUCGUAAAGGGGCCUUUGAUAUUUUGUCCUGCUGCGCGGGUCACUCAUUUUCCUAUAACAAAACGUUAAUUAUUUAUGUAAUAUGUUCUGCGCGUUUCUACAUGUUUGUCAUAAGUGUAUGGGAGUAUGUUGUAGUGUGAUGAGGAGGACGUGCUAGGAGCGUUUUCGGACAUUUCUGAGAUCGUCAUUUGUGUCGGCAUGGGGACGAAUGUAGGAAAUAUUGGAUAUAAGAUGACUGAUCGACCAAGACGUGAAAUAACGAAGCCACAUCGUUAUGAAACCACUUCGUCGGAUGAAUGCCCGAAACGGAAAAAGAUGGAGAAAACCCGAGCAAGGACCACACUGCAGGAAGACAUUGACCAGGACAUUGGCGAACUGAGAAGGACUCUCGAGGAUCCAGAUAACAUUUCCAAUUAUAAUAAUAUUAUUAACACACAAAGACACACUUUUCCACACAGUCUUCCUACAGACACGAUCCAUAUUUCAUGUGAACCAUGUACCACAUCCGUAACAAAACACUUUUCCACCGAAACAAUCCAAACUGCAUCUGAACCACCUCCUACAUCGGUACAUUCACAUCCUACAUCUAUACCGAUACAAAUGACUCAAUAUAUAUCUGAGGAAAGUUCCAUAUCCCGACCAACAUCAUAUGUAUGCACAAUGUCCGAAAACGCUCCUAACACAUCCUCAUCACACUACAACAUACCUCCAUACACUUAUAACACACAUGUAGAAACGCACAAAAAACAUAACGCUAAUAAUGAACAUUCUCAUUUUCAGAUGUCUCUCCCAACAGAACAGCCCGGCCCAUUUCACGCAUCACUAACUGAAAUCCAUAGGACUCCCCAACUUGACAAUGACAAUUCCAGAUCACUUCACGAGCGUAUGGACCGUUUCGAAAGUGAAAUGAAGAAAAUGAAUAGUACGUUGCAAAACAUUUUAAAAUGUUUAGAGAACAAUCGGGAGCGAAAAGGUAUUCCCCGAAAACCAGGCAAUCUCCCGAUAUCGACUCACGCUCAAAUGGCAAUAUUUCAAAAUAUCGGCGAUGACGAAUUUCAAGAACUUGUAAACUACUUGAAGUACAUCGGAGGAUUCAACCUGAAGGAAGCUGUACACUUAUGCUUCAAGGAGGCAAUGACAGAUGACAUAACGCGGUCCUUUAUCUGGUGGGAUCGCCAAGACAACUCACGACCUUUAUAUAAUACUCGCAUUGUUAUAGCCAUUUACGAGGCAGUAUGCGGUAAUCGACACUUCAGCAAGCCUACACGUGCAGAAUUCCAAGCACAAAUGCGAGAGGCAAUACGGACGGCAAAGCAAAGGUGCAGAAAUAGGACACGUGGCCCGCGUGCAGUAGGACCGAAUCUAAGAGAGCGCAAUUUUUGGACUGAGGAACCACAGGAUCUGCCGGCAGCAGAGGACAGCGACGAAUAAAUGAUGUGAUAUAGAGCAGUUUAACGUGCAGGGAUUAUGGCGCGGGGCGCCGACGGGGGUUUUUAG